CUCAGCAAGCACCCGCCCCCGCGUCCGAUUUUCACACUCAGCAGAGGAAUCGUGAAUCGCACUUCCGUAGUAGUGCCGAGGCUUCGGGAACAGCCAUUUAAAUAUACCGACACAUUCUGAGAGAAGCAAAAGACCAUGAUGGCUCGUCUGCACAGCACCGCGGCGCAAAAUCCUUGCCCGCACGCCUUCUCUCGAAGGGUAGCCCUUUUAACGUUUUUGCUCCGCGAACACAUUUGCGCAGACAGCAAGCCACAUCUUCGGGGAACCGUUGCUAUAAGCGCAGAAAAUCAAACGGCUACCGAAGGCCCCGACGCCGGCGCCUGGUUAGCGAAACAGGAAGCAGAUGCGUUUCUCGACUUGAAUGUACACUCUCCGCCCCGCGGGAGUUGCGAUUCGGAGGGGGUCGCCUCGGAGUGGCCUUGUGCAGAGUGGGCUGCACCGGCGUAUGUUCCAACAACGGGGUCGGUUGCGAAAGACUCGGCGAGUCUCGUUCAGAUAGCAGAGGUUGUGCAGCCACAGCUCGAGUUGCGCACAGGCGGGGAAGAUGAAGAGGCCACGCUGGCAUCUCGGGUGAAGAGUACCGCUUCGGGCACCACCAAAUUGGGGGGGCGAAUCAAGGACGCGGCACUGUCCAAAGAUCACGGACUUGCCAUGCUGAUCCAGCUUCUCGGCAAUCCCGCCAGCCUCGUGAAUAGCAUGUUCCGCGGCAGCAAAGAACUAAUGCUGUCGCAAAUCGAGGAAAACGUUGGAAAAGUUGUCGGGGGGGGCGGAAGUCCGCACCUUGGGUGCGACCCUCGUGAAACAAAUUUUGGCGACCGCGAGUAUGGUGCUACGAAUAGUGGUUACCAGUGCAGCCGGACCCUGGGGCGUGCUGGUGAACAUGUUUCUUACCGACGUGCUUUUGCUGCAGCUAGGAAAAAGCAUGAAGAGGUUUGCGGAUCGCGACCGGUCCAAAAAUGGUUACGACCUGCCCGGGCUUCUAGAGAUUCGAAUGGGUGAGUUUCCCCGUGCGCUAGCUACGUUUGCGAAGGCCUACCUGAAUUCUGAAGCAUUCGCGGGCACCAUGCAGGAACUGCUGGACAAAGUGAAGGAUCUCGCCUCCAACGCGAUCGCGAACUCGAAGGAUGCGGCGUUGCGGGCCGUGGGUCAGGCUGGCGCAAAAUUGCAGGCCUUGCGCGCGAACGGCAUAAAUCUCUCCGGACCCACGGACGAAGAGAAGAAGGGCGCAGACGAAGGCGGCGGCAAGGACCGUCUUGCGCGAGCGCGCGGCUCCGCAGCUGGGGCAGCCGCGGCCUUCCGCGAGAAAGCUACGGGCGCUGUAGCGGCGGUGAAGAAUGCGGACCGCGAGGCGCUGGCGCAAAGGGCGAAAGGUGCGGCCUCGACCGCGCUCGACUUGGGUGCGCAAGCCAAAGAAAAGCUGGCGAAGACAGUGGAGCAGCAGAAGAAGAAGAUGAGCGAUCCCGCGUACCAGAAGCAAUGUUCCGACGAAGCAAAAGCGGUUCUCGGCAAGUUAGCGAGUGCCGCGGGCAGCGCAAAAGACCUGACCGCUGCUGCAAUGACCGACUUCAUGAAAAACAUGCCACCCGACGCGAUGUUGAAUCAACUCAGCGGGGAGCGCCGAGCGAAGCUGCAGAAGCUAUUGGCGAACGACGCGGAAACUGUGGACCAGGAGGAGAGUAAACGGAACACGCCGGCCGGGAAAGAGGAAGACGCCAGCCGAUUGCAAGAAACGAAAACCUUCUUGGGGGAAAAGCUCGGGGCCAUCGCAAGCAAGCUCCGGACUGCCUUACCUUCACCUGCCGAUAUCGUGCCGACGCUGGUUAGUACGGUGGAAAGCACCAUCGCACAGCUCCAGCACUCCGCCAUGAGCGGUCUCGGCUUUAUGAUCGUCGAGGCACCCGGGAAGGCUCUGACGCAAAAAAUCAUUGGCGACCUUGCAUCUUUUCUCGCCGAGGUUCUCGGUGCGUUCCUUCGCAUCACCUUCCCGAUGCUUCCGCUGGCGACGCUGGUUGGCACCGCCGCACAGCCCAUCCUGGCGGCCGGAAUGGAAACGCGGACGCGGGAGCGGCCCCGAGAGCCCUGUGACCGCGUAAAAUCAAGCGACGAGGAGAUGAUGGCAGCGGAUCCCUGCCUCAAUCUCGAAGGGCUGAUCAACCGUCAUUUCCGUCCGAUAACGGGUAUGGUAGUCCCCAACUUUUUGCUCCAGUUCGUGAAAGCCGAAUCCGCGAUGCUCGUCGAAAAUCUCCAGUCCGUGGUGCUGAAUGCCGUCGAAAAGCUCCAGACGAGUGCCAAGGUACGGGCCGCAGCGGGUCUGCGACCGGACCUAGAUGUUGCGACCUGGGGCAUCGCCACGACGCAAAGUUCUUGGUUGUGGGACAGCCUCGCCGGGAUUUUCUCCCGGGUCUUUACACCAGAGCCGCCGGUGACGACGUUUCGGCAGUACGAGAUGGUUGCGGGCGGGAAGCAGGCGGCGGAAAAGGACGUCGGCGGAAUCAGUGACCAGUGCAGCGCAGACGUGGAUUCGAAGGCGCAGCUGACGUUCGGCGAGCACGCCGGGCGCGGGCUCGUGAGCGUGCUCGAAAACACGUUCGCGGGAAUGCCGGGGGAAGUCAUCACGGACAAUCUCGUUCGCACGGCCGCGAACCUGAUCGCCACCAUCGUGAGCUUCACCGCGGGGCCGCUCACCGCACUAAUUCCGGGCGCUUCGCUUGCCGUCCAGAACAUGGCGGCGAACCAGGUGCACAAGAGUUUCGCGGACUGGGUGGCUACGAAGCCGGGCGGCCUUGACAUUGCGCAUGAGGUGAACUACCUGUUUGUGAGCGAGUUCCUGCCGCUGCUCGCGAAGUUUCUGCAGGUGUACUGGCGCGACAUCUUCAGCGCCAUAAAAAAGAACUCUCCCCUCGCCUCGUUUACGUUCGGCGGUGGCAGCGUCGAAACAGCACCGCCCGAGGACACCGCAACAACGCCGGCACUAUCUCUGGCAACGGCCACAGAGGAGCCGAUUUCCGAGGCCGACCGAGAAGCGGUGUUUGGCGCCGAGGCCAGCAAAAAUCUUCCUUCGGUGGAACAAAUUCGGGAUAAACAAAAGGACUACGACGAGGCCCAGAGCGAGACUCCACCGCACCGCUGGAAGGGACUGCUGGAGAAAUUCGCGGGUCAGAAAAUGCAGACGGCCUUCGCAAACCUCGGCACGGGUUUUCCGAAGCAGAAGGAAAGACAGUCUCCGCCGCGGACAUCUUUUUUGCCGGUUUUUUGGGCAACAAAAACUGGAAAGAGAAGGUCGGCCGAACCUUCAGAAAAGCGGCAACAAGCGUGCUAUCGGUUUUCGGAGAUAAAAAGAGUGAUUUCCCCCUAG